UUUAAAUUAAAAAAAUGGUUCGUAUGAUCGUAUCGCUUCGACGUUUCUUCCUCCUUCACCUUCUCCUUCGCGAGAGUCGUCAUCGCAUAUCAAUCACGCUCCUCCUAUAUAAGUCGCCGCUAAUUUUAUAGCCGGAGAUAGUCUCCGAUCAUCGACCGAUCGCUUGCUUUGAUACUAUUUUUUUUCGGGUUCUGAGAUUCCUGGAUUGGGUUACUAAAAUCUCUUUAUACAAGAACAUGGGACAAAAGAGAUGGCUAUUCUUGCUGGCAAUUUUCGCUGUUCUUCUGGCAUUUACAAGUGGAAGAGGUGUUCUCAAGUUGAAGAGCGAUGAUGGUCAACAUGUGUACAACCAUACUCUCACUCUAACACUUGUGGAGUAUGCUUCUGCGGUCUAUGUGUCUGAUUUGACAGAACUAUUCAACUGGACGUGUGAGAGAUGCAAUGGUUUGACAAAGGGUUUCGAAGUAAUAGAGAUAAUAUUUGACGUUGAGCAUUGCCUACAGGCAUAUGUUGGUGUGGCAAAGGAUUUGAAUGCUAUUAUUAUUGCAUUCCGGGGAACUCAAGAACACAGCAUACAAAAUUGGGUCUCCGAUUUGUUCUGGAAACAGCUCGAUCUAAAUUACCCUGACAUGCCAGAUGCAAUGGUGCACCAUGGCUUUUAUAGUGCUUAUCACAAUACAACUCUACGGCCCGCAGUUUUGGGUGCAGUACAACGAGCGAAGAUAUCCUAUGGUGCGAACAUCAACAUCAUUGUGACUGGUCAUUCAAUGGGAGGAGCCAUGGCUGCCUUUUGUGGACUAGACCUAGUUGUAAAUGAAGGAGAAGAAAACGUACAGGUGAUGACAUUUGGGCAACCUCGUGUUGGGAAUGCGGCUUUUGCAUCUUAUUACAGUUUGCUUGUGCCUAACACCUUCAGGAUCACGCAUGAGCAUGAUAUGGUUCCUCAUCUACCUCCUUUCUAUCAUAUUUUCCCUCAGAAAACAUACCACCACUUCCCAACAGAGGUGUGGGUGAGAGAUCUCGGUUUUUCGAGUCUAGUUCUUGCUAGUGUGGAGAAAGUUUGUGACAACACUGGUGAGGAUCCUACAUGCAGCAGAUCGGUGGUGGGGAAUAGCAUCUCUGACCAUUUAAAGUACUUUGGGAUAGAUCUAAGGUGUGAGACGUGGAGACAAUGCACAAUAGUGAUGAGCCACGAGAUGGAUAGAUUCAGCAGGAAAGAUUCAAAGGGUAACCUAGUAAUGUCACGGACACUUCCUUCCACGACUGUUAACGAAACAGAAGCUCUACUCGAAAAUGGUAAUCUUUAAAGUCUAGAGGUGUCGGUGGGAUAGAGUCUUUGUCAAGCAAAGUUUGAAAGGGAAGGUUUUGGGAGACUCAUAUGUGGAGAAAGAAGAAUGGGUCGCUGUUUCUUUGUGGGGUCUAGAAAGAAAGUGUGUAGAUAAUAACAAAAGACUUUUGUAAAUUAAAAGUCGUAGGGUGAAUAGCAUGUAACAAUGUAUAGUUGUAAUUUUUAAUUAAGUCGUAGGUUUAAAUCCAUGUUCACAUUGUAAUUGGAUCCAAAUAUGUAAUAAUGUAUAUGGGAUAUUGAUUGACA